AUGAGCGACGAUGAAACAAUCUUAACGGCGAUCGAUAUGAUCGAUCGAAAGAUCGAAUCGUUGAAUGGUCAAGGAAAAGAGUCUUCUUAUUAUAUUGCUAAAUUGAUGGUUGUUCGGGAAGAUCUUGAGAAGCUCUUCAGUUUAACAUCUUCAACGAAUACUUUAGUUCAUCUAUUUUGUCGACGAAUGAACCGACUGAUAAAAUACAACAAUCCAAUGCUGAUCAACGACUGGCUCAACUUACAUGCGGACCUUCUGCUCGUUUUAGAACAUCAUGACGAAUCAAUUGAAAAGCUUGACUUGAUGCAAUGUUUAUCGUUGUUGAAGUUAGAAAUUAAGAUGGAGGAACGUGAAAUACAAUUCGAGAAGAACUUCGGCCGCCGAAAGACAUUCCUUGAAUUAGCUGAACAACAUCGAGUUUUACUUGAUGAAUAUCUCCAAGCAUGUUACUCACUUCAUUCAAAGAUUCAAAUACAAGGUCUGGUCGAGAACGUCGACGGAUUUCUUCGAGAGAUGUCUUGCACAGCAGAUGUUCAAACUAGCGAUCGGCUUGAAACAAGAUUGAAUUCGAUUGACAUUCCACUGAUAUGUCCUUAUCAAUUAUUUCAGUCCUGUACACCAAGAUCUUUCUUAGAUUUUCAAUCGCGUCAUCAAUCGACCGAUGGUGAAAACGUCUUCUUGCCCGGCAUGGAUGAGAUAAAAAUAAACUAUGAUGCGGGUAUGUUAAAAAUCCAUCAGAGACUACUCGAAUCUCGAUGGCUUGUCGUUCUCGGCGAUCCUGGAAGUUCCAAAACGACGUUGUUACGAUACAUCACGCAACUAUUCGCUUCGGCAGUUCUUCAAGGGAAAACACAUGUCGCAACCGAUGCAGACAAUUGCGGUCCACUUCGAAUUCCGAUUUUAGUUCGAAUAGGCGAGUUCUCUGAACGGCAGAAUAUCGAUCCAAACCUGACUUUGUUCGAUUACAUUGGUAAACACACGUGGUUUUCGCAAUUGUACGGUGAUGAUAACAUUGGGAGUGUAUUAAAAGACUUUAUCCGUCAUGGCCAUGCACUCGUUCUUUUGGACGGUCUCGACGAGAUUUCUGCAUUCGAACAACGAACACAAAUCGUCAAACUUAUUCGCGAGUUUAUUCACGAGUACGUUUAUGGCGACGAUUUCAUCUCUGCAUUUGAUGAUGUUCCAAAAGGCUUCAAUACAGAAUCUCGAAGACCAAUGGCAAAUGAAAAAAAAUCACCCGAUGAUUGGAGAUUCAGAGAGAUGCAUCCACCAUCGCUACCUGGUGGCAAUCAAAUUGUUAUAACAAGUCGCAUCGUCGGUUGCAAUUUAUAUCGAUUCAAUAGUCGAUUAAUUGAUUACUACAAUUUACUUCCUAUGUCGAGCAAAAAUGCGAAAUUAUUCAUCGAACAAUGGUUCACCAGUGUUGAUCAGGAAGUGCGUAACGUCCUAACAAGCGAAAACAUUCAUUUCGACAAGGAAAAAAUGGAUAAAUCCAGACGACAACGGCAAGAUGUCCUCGAUAAUAUACAUACCGACAUGCAGAAGUCUUUCUUAUCACAUCCAUUGAUGCUGUCUCUGAUGUGUUCAUGUAUAUUCAAACUGCUGGAUGACAGUCAAUUACCAAAAACUGUGACUGAAUUGUACGAUAAAACUAUACGGUCCGUACUAGGCUAUAGGACGAUCUCGCGUCAGUCGAGAAUAUCUCAAGAUAUUAUGAUCAAACUUCAGAGCAAUCUUGCGUUGUAUCUUCAUGCGCAUUCAUCGUCUGGUGUCAUUGAUGAAUUCGAUUUCAAACGAAUCUGUGGUUUAGUAUUAAAACAAGAAAAUGUCGCGAAAACCAAGGCGGAAUUGAGUCGAUACACGGAUGAAUUGUUAACAUUAAUUAGUUCGAACAAUAGUAUGAUCGUCGAACGAGGAUUGAAGGUAUUCAGUUUCACUCACCUAUCGUUUCAAGAGUAUUUCGUUGGCUUAUCUCUUAUCGAUCAGUCGUCCAUCGAGAAGACGAUUCAACGUAUUCUUAUCUACGCUGUCAAGCCUCGUUCUCGUGAACCCAUACGGUUCGCGCUUGGUUGGAUUAAUCAGACAUGGCCAUCAAAUGAUCGGCAGGAGCUCUGCAGAAGACUAGUGACUGAAACAAUCAAUUCCGUACUUCCGUUAGGCGCUAUCUUAUUUUUCGAUGUUAUUCAUAGCAUCGAACAGUCACUCUCAAACUGUGCAGUUUACGCAGCACUAGAUCAGCUUAUCGAUCAUCCUUCUAUGUUGAUCUCGAUUGGAUUCUUAGGAAAAAGUUGGCCUGUAUUACCACUGAAUGCAAUACUCAGGUGGAUGGAGUUAACUUUAACUAAUGAUAAACGUGUUGUGAAAUUCUGUAAAUCAUUUUUAUUCUCAAUUUUUCUUAUCGAACAUCACACGUUGUGGAGACAAAGAAAUAACGAAUUACCGGCUGUUUGCCAACGAUUAUGGUCGUUACAUUCCAUGAGUUCAGAUGUUGAAGUCUGUAUUACCCAAACAUUGUACCGUAUCGUGACGUCAUUACGUUCACCAUGUUCUAUUUUUCAACGUGUGUUGCCUCAGUAUCUUCAGACACAUAAGAUGGCUUUGUCUCAAUGUCAUCCAUUGGUAACAAGCGUUAUUAUUGCAUUGUAUGGUGGGGCUUACAAGACGAAGGAUGAAAUGGGGUUUUCUCACACGUAUAUCUAUCGCAAUUCCAUAGUCGGUAAGCCAAUUCUCGACUAUUUGACCAAUACGAACGACUCUUACUCAAUCAAGGUUUCAAACCUUAUCGAACAAUACGAAGAUAUGCUACGAAAAUAUUCAUCUGAUGAUGUUUCGAACAAUGUUAUUGAUAUUCUCAUUGCUCUUAUUUGUUUACGUGGCCUCUCACAAUCGUUAAUAAAUUAUAAAUUCGGUGUAUAUCGAGCAUUGCCGCUGGCUUUGGAUAGGUUUAAAGUUAUAUUAUUUCUUUUGAGAGACGAUUCAAGAUUCGUAUGGGAUAGAACAACACAAGUGAUGUUUUCUGGAGUGAAAUUAAUCAUAGAUAUAUUCGCUUCACAACCUGGCCAAACAAUUGAGCAAUCCAAACGAUUUACACUAGCAUGUAUAGCCGCAUGUGAUCGACUCAAAAUUGAUUGGACACCCUAUUCAUCAAGCUUAGGGAAUCUAUUCGACAACAAUACUUAUCAGUCGCAUCGAUUACGAAAAUAUUCUGAUAACAACGGAUUCAAAACGCAAGGUACUCACGUUCGCCAAAAGUCAACCGUUCAAUUAGUAGAAGAAGUUUAUUCAUCCCAUGAGCAGUUAUUGACUCUGCUGAAGUUUGUGCCCAGUUUCGUUCAACGUCUGUACUAUCGUCUAUUGAUGAACCAAGGUGAACAACACGGCUCUCCACUGUUUAUUGUUCUUUUAUCACAAUGUUUGACUUUUUUCGAUGCUAAUAUUGAACUAGAUGAGAUACUGGUAACUUUGAACGGCUUAUUACCAUUGUUCAGGAUGUACAACAUGCAAAACUAUGUACUAGCUCUGUUUUGGGAAAGUAAAUUUCGAUAUAUGAGCGAUCCAAAGGGCCUGGAUGACGGUUAUCACCGGAGAUUUUCGACAAAUUAUUCGGAAAACUAUGAAGAUCUGAUCGUCGAAGAACAACGACGAAUUUUACAAGCAAAUGUGUCGAACGAUGUUCGUGACAAAGAUUUUCAACUUUUUACUGCAUCACUUUCACUUGCACGAUUGUAUCAAAUUCGAUUCCGUUACGGCACAAACGCAAAUUUAUCAGCCGAUGAAAGCGAACAUAUUCAAUCCGCAAUAGAAAAUAUCAACGACCAAGUUUUAUAUAUCGUAGCCAUGAACAUUAUUUUAAACAUGAACCAGCCAUCUAUUUUCGAUACCAACCUCCACGAUACCUUAAGAUCAAAAUUAGUUUCUCGAUUAUUAGAAGUGUUGCCUAAUCUACUCGUCUUAACAGGCGCUUUACUACUUUUCCGAUGCCAAGUAAUAGGCCAAUCCUUUCCAUUAAUUUUCCAACAACUCGUUCAUAUAAUUGGUGAACAAUUGCUUACAAUUCCAUUAGAUGAAGACAUGUUGGAAAAUCAGAAAGCAGUCUAUGUCGCGCUUAGCUCAAUAGAGAACUCUUCACUUAACAGUCUCUUGAUCGAAUUCAAAAAGCAAGUUCAUGAUGACGAAGAAUUUCUUGAUGUGAACUCGGUGGUGUUUCAUCGUUACUUAACCAGUACAGAAUCGUUUGGUGAAUUGGAUGAUAUUCUUUUGUGUAGCAUGUACCUAAGCGAACUAGCAGUGGAUGCUCAAAAUUUGCGAAAAUAUAUGUUUAACAAUGAACAACAGAAUACGGUUUCUUUGUCCGAAAAAUUCCAGCAAUUGUUAAAAGUUUCGAAGAACGUGAUUACAUCUGAAAUUGCGACAUUAAUCGUCACUUGUGUAGCGAAUGGCAGUGAAAAAGAUUUUGAUGUGAUUGACAAUGAGCUAAUUAAUUGUAAUCUUGUCGAAAAAGACGCUCAACCAGUGCUCCUCGAAAUAUUCAAUCUGCCGAUGAAGGAAUCAAGCCAAUCGUUAGUUUAUUACAUUGCACUAUUAUUAGCUAAAGAUGGUUCAAACACACCAGCAUCCAUCGACUAUAUUAGAAAUUUUUGUCAAGCUGCUAUCAAUAAGAAAUUCGAGGGUAUUAUCAAACAAUUUCUCGAAUUAUCCAACAUACAUUCGGUAUCAAUACGUCAGGUGUUAGAGACAUUACUUCGUUGUAUGCGUCGUUCAUCAUUUCACAUUCGUGCUACUAUUCGCUCCCGUGAAAUUAUGCAGUUAAUCUUACAACUGGAAAAUGAAGAAUCUCGAACAGAUGGUAGUUGCGUUUUAUCCGAUUCGUUUUUAAUGCUAAUCGAUGGUUGUUCAUUCGAAGUACAAAACUAUCUUUUAGAAUAUCUUAAUGCAGACAGUGAUCUACAAGGCAGUGUGAAAGAACAGCGUCUGAUUAGAAUGAUCACAUGGGUUAUGCAACACUUCGCCACGAAAGAAUGUCCGGUCUCUGAUCUGCUUUAUAAACAUAUCGUAUCACUUUUUCAGGAUCGAAACUUCUCGUGCGUACAAGAAACGAUUAUCGAUAGUCUUCGAUAUAUAUUUCUCGGAGAAUUUCAGAAGAACGUUUUCACCAACAAAGAUGUCAAACAACUCUUGGAGAAGACUAUUAAUCACUGUGUAAAAGUAGCCGAUUCUUCUUCUGAAAAGCUCUUAGCAAACUGCUUGAACACUUACGGAUGUUGCAUCCGCUUCUACAAAGCUUGUCGAAAUGAAAAUCCAUCAGAUGAGAUGAUCAAUUUAUUCACAAGGCUUUUUCAAACAUCUUCAUCGUCACUCGUCGCUACACGAGCAAGUCAAUGUUUGCUAAAAAUCGAACUGUAUGUUCAUAGUGGUUCGAUUGAUAGUUGGCUCAGCAAAACUAAUCUGAAUCCCGAGCAGCUAUAUAAUAUAUUCAUACGAUGUACAUUCGAUGAAUGUCAAUUGUGGAGAGAUUCAGAGAGAGAGAAAACAUUGGCUCACAUUAUACUACAACAUCCGACAGACUUGCUUCCGAAAUUCGUCAACGAAAUGUACGUUUAUCUGAAAAGCACACCAAUGACCUGCAAACUUUCCAAGGAUCUAUUUUCUUAUGUCACUACAGCUAAUCAAUUAUGUGUUACAAAUUUUACCAUGUUUCGUACUGCCGUAGAAAAACAAUUUCAUAACGCUAAGGAACUCAAAUUAUUACUUUAUCAAAUAAGCAAACAAGGCGAUGAUGGCUUUCGAAACGAAUGCAUAUCAUUAUACGCUUAUUUUGGUGAGAUUACGUCGGAUCUUAUCGAUAUGAUACUAACCAGUGAUUUGAAACAAUGGGCAUUUUUAUCAAACCGAAUAGAGUCCUUGAUAACUGGUAAACAAAUAUCAUUAGAUCGAGAGAUAGUUGAGAGUUUAUACGAAGCAUUAGAAACGCCAUCGAGAGGGAAACCUGCAGCACAAUUUCUGAUAUGGCUUGUGAACGCUGGUUUUAUAUCGGUUUUGGAAGUAUUUCAGAGAAUAUCAAGUAUCGUUAGCAAACAAUAUUUACAAAAUGAGGAUAAAUAUCAAGCAGACUGUGAACAUUUGUUCGAAACCUUACUGAAGUUGACUUGUAUUCAGCUCGGCACUGUAUCUAGUACAGAUUUACAAGGGCUGCUUUCUAGAGAAAAUAAAUUAGGAAUAUCUACGCAAAAGAGAAUAUAUAAGCGUUUUCAUAAUUCAAAUUGA